CCUCCUCCUCCUUCUACUUCUUCUUCCUCAACACUUCCUCUCAUCCUCCUCUUUCUUCUUUCUUUGUUUUCUUUUCAUAAGAUUGAAGCCCAUGGUUAAAAUGUGAAGAAUGAUGAAGUUCUUGGUGGCCAUAUGGUGAUCAUGACCUCUGUAGACAAAGACCACCACCUCUACAACCAUCAAAUUGGCUCACCAUGUUUGUUGUAAAGGGGAGGCAGGGUUGCAGAGAAGGUGGAGGACCUGGCAAAGGGCAAUGGCUUCAUGUGGAUGCCCACUAUUCUCAAGCAUCAAUGACUUCUAAGCUUUCUCAUGCAUCAAUGGCUUCUCGUAGCUCUCUCCAAGAUUUCUUCGGGGUUUAUGGUUUUCCUUCACUUUCUCUCUUGUCCAAUAUACUUGACACGGUGUUUGAUUGUCAUACCCUCUCUACGCUCAUUGCUCUUUGUGAUUUGGGUCUCAAUCCUAAGGCUUUGGCUGCUGUUGUCAAGGAACUCCGAAGAGAAAUCAUGUCCUCAUCGGUGCCACCAGUUGCCGCUCCUUUGUCAUCAUAGACCUGAACAUGUUCUUCAUUUCCCUUUUUGCGUACGUCGAAUUUUGUGUUCAAUUAAGUUAUUUGUGAAGUAUAAUCAGGAAAAAUGGAUUUUAGUUCCAAUUGAGUCAUAAGACGACUAGUUGCUUAUCUAAAUUUUGUUUGUUUUCUAUUAUUGUGUUGAUAUGGUAUUUAGUAUCUACUAAAUAAUAGGGGCAGUGGAAACUGAUUAUAUUUGAAAAUUAUAUUUUGAUCUUGAUGUUUUUUUUUUCUUUUUUUCUUCAGCCACUAUAUUUUAUGUUCCAUUCCAUGAAUUAAUCCAAAAUAUUGGGGAUGCAGAAGAAAAUCCUUGAUGUGUUUAGUUGAUUUAUUUAGCCAGGUAAUUAUUCAAGGUGGAAUGUUUUUGCUAAUAGAUGAGCUUGAUCAACACAACUCAG